UUCUGCCCAAAACGAGGGACUGGAAAGCGAAAUGACACUUCGACAGGUGACUGUUUCUAUAUCACUCCUGACACGAUUCAUUAUACAUUCCAAAACACAUUCGAUGCAAGAAUUUACAAAAUGACAUACGCAACGAUGGGAUGAAAGAGAUGUUCAAAAAGGCAACAGAGGAAUAUAGGAAGGCUGGCAACAGCACCGACAGCAGCGGAUACAGCGGCCCUAGCACUGCUACUUGCGACGGAUCCAACACCACCUACAAAUUGUCACCACUGAUAGAGCCAUCGACACUAUCGACCGAGUCACCACUAUCAGUGAGUCCUAGAAUUCCUGUGGGUAGAAUCCCUGUAGGAAGGAUUCCCGUAGGCAAAAUUCCUGUGGGUAGAAUCCCUGUGGGUAGAAUCCCUGUAGGUAGAAUCCCUGUAGGAAGGAUUCCCGUGGGCAAAAUUCCUGUAGGCAGAAUUCCUGUAGGCAGAAUUCCUGUCGGUAGAAUUCCUGUGGGUAGAAUUCCUGUAGGAAUGAUUCCUGUGGGUAUAAUCCCUUCGGGAUCGUUUCCGAUCUAAAAAAAAGGGAAAUAAGUAAUCCAUAUCAUGAAGAC